UAAGAUUGAGUUAUUACAAAUAUAAGUAUUUUGGUAUGUGAUUAGAUAAUAAACUAAUCAAAAAGUCAGGCAACAUCAUGUGGAGACAGAGUGCAAGAAAAGUAGUGUCAAGCUUGAGGCGGACAUACUGUGAUGCCAGUUAUGGAAAUAGAGUAGAGAUGAGUGUUAACCAGGUGAAUCUAGUGGGCCGUGUGGGGCAAAAUGUUGAAUUACGGGGCUCAGAUCCUGCAAAUCCUAAGAUAGCAACAUUCUCUGUUGUCACAAACCAAUCCUGGACAGAUAAAAAUGGUGAAUGGAAAACUAAGGCUGACUGGCACAAUAUCCUUAUUGGAAAACCUAACCUCCGAGACUAUGUAGCACAAAACCUUCGUAAAGGGGAUCGUGUCAUGAUACAAGGAAGGAUAUCAUAUGAUUCAUAUACCAAUCAAGAAGAUAGGAGAAUAACAACCACCCAGAUAGUUGCAGAAAAUUUAAUCAAUUUCUCAAAGAAACAUUUACAAGAAGAAAGAGAGCAGACAGACUUUAGUGACCAAUACUGAGAGAUAAUAUCAAAUGUAUCUCAUUGACUGAGUGAUAGAAACAAUAUGGACAAUUCUACGAUUCUGAAAUAAUGUAGACAGUAGGAUCUCUAUAACAAACAAUACAGACUACAGGGCCCAAAGUAGCCUUGUAUACUGGAUAGUUAAGGCAGCAAAGGGUAGACUUGAGGCUGCAAUGUACAACGUAGAAAAUGUGAAGUAGGAUCUCCAUUACAAACAAUGCAGCCUACAGGGCGCAAAGAAAAACUAUCUUAGCCUUGUAAACUGAAUAGUUAAAACAGCAUAGGUAUACUUGAGGCUGCAAUUUUAAAAGUUCUAUAGACAACAGAAAAUGUAUAGUUUGACUAGUAUAUACUGCAUAUACCUACCUGUGAAAGAGAAUAAUCCUGUGUAUUUUUAAACAGUAUUCAUGAAAUUUUAUACUGAAUAAAAAGCUGAC